AUGGCAACGGCAUCAGCUUCCCUCUCUCCGGCGACAUCGAGUCUCACCAGAUUCAGCAGCAAAACCCAGAAGAGAAUGGACGAAGUGGUGAUCAAAAUAGGUGGGAUGAAUUCAUUUGCUGGACUAAAAGCUCACAACAGUGUGGCCUCUAUAGGUCUUCCAGUCUGCACAGAACAAUGCUUCGCAGAGGUUCUCAACUCAUUGAAAACGCCGUCCCAUGCCGUACGUAGAGGCGGCGGCGGUGCAUUGUCUUCCACAUGUGAUGAUGCUGCUGAGAUUUUCAAGAUUGCAGCCAUCAUGAACGGACUUGUUCUGAUCGGCGUCGCGGUCGGAUUUGUUCUUCUACGAAUUGAAGCAGCUGUUGAAGAAUCUGAGAAAUAG